GCCGACAGCCUGGACCCCGGAGACGACUCCCUGGGCCAGUCCUUCUACGACUACACCGAGAAGCAGGCCGUGCCCAUCUCCAUCCCCACCUACAAGCACGUGGAGCAGAACGGGGAGAAGUUCGUGGUUUACAACGUGUACAUGGCGGGCAGGCAGCUGUGCUCGAAGCGUUACCGCGAGUUUGCCAUCCUCCACCAUAACCUGAAACGGGAGUUUGCCAAUUUCACUUUCCCUCGCCUGCCCGGGAAGUGGCCCUUCUCCCUCUCGGAGCAGCAGCUGGACGCCCGGAGGAGGGGCCUGGAGGAGUACCUGGAGAAGGUGUGCUCCAUCCGCGUGAUCGGGGAGAGCGAUGUCAUGCAAGAAUUCCUCUCGGAGUCGGACGAGAACUUCAACGGGGUUUCCGACGUGGAGCUGCGGGUGGCCCUCCCCGACAUCACGACGGUGACCGUCCGGGUGAAGAAGAACAGCACCACCGACCAGGUCUACCAGGCUGUCGCUUCCAAGGUGGGGAUGGAUAGCACCACCGCUAACUACUUUGCCUUGUUUGAAGUCAUCAACCAUUCUUUCGUGAGGAAACUGGCGCCCAACGAAUUCCCCCACAAGCUCUACGUGCAGAAUUACACCUCGGCCGUGCCGGGAACCUGCUUGACGAUCCGGAAGUGGCUGUUCACGACGGAGGAAGAGAUUCUUCUGAACGACAACGAUUUGGCCGUCACCUACUUCUUCCACCAGGCGGUGGACGAUGUGAAGAAAGGCUACAUCAAAGCGGAGGAGAAAUCCUACCAGCUGCAGAAGCUCGGCGAGCAGAGGAAAAUGGUCAUGUACCUGAACAUGUUGCGGACGUGCGAGGGUUACAAUGAGAUCGUCUUCCCUCACUGCUCCUGCGACUCUCGCCGCAAGGGCCAUGUCAUUACAGCCAUCAGCAUCCAGCACUUUAAGCUCCACGCUUGCACGGAGGAGGGCCAGCUCGAGAACCAAGUCAUAGCUUUCGAAUGGGAUGAGAUGCAGCGGUGGGACACGGACGAAGAAGGGAUGGCGUUCUGCUUCGAAUACGCCCGGGGGGAGAAGAAGCCACGAUGGGUCAAAAUCUUUACCCCAUACUUCAACUACAUGCACGAGUGUUUCGAACGCAUUUUCUGCGAACUGAAGUGGCGGAAGGAGGUGAAGGUGGAAGAGGACGCCACCGACAAGGACAACAAGAAUUGCAGUAAAGACAGUCUGUGCAGCAAGAACAUCUUCCAGUUAAUGCGGACAGAGCAACGAGACAUCGCGACUUGAAACCGCCUCCGACAACCGAACCGGAAAGCGUAUUAUCCCUCCCCUUUUUUUCCCCCCACACUCCCCCACCCCAAAAACCCUUCCUGGAGAAAAAAAAAGAUUAACACUUUUCAAAACGAGGAGAAAAGAAAGGAAAGAGAGAAAGAAAGAAAAAAAGGGGAACGGUUUACUGUAUUAAACUCAUAUUAAUUCCAUUCGUGAAUGUCCUGUU